AGAAAAAGCUGUUUGACAUAUUGAAAAAAGAUCUUUUGAGGUUAUCUUAUUAUUUUGUUAUUAAAAAUUCGUCGAGUACGUACGAUACUAAUAUUUUAAUUCCAUAAAUCCGCUACAGUAUUAAACCUAAAGCAUUUAAAAUAAAAAAAAUCAAUGGUUGAUAAUUCUGAUAAAAGACCUCAAUUUGGGAAUAGAUAUCUGGAAAAUGCUGAAGAAGUGUUUAAACACAACUCGUGGUACCGUAUUUAUUUAUAAACGAUUUAUUACAUCAACACUUUACUUAUCUUGCGAUUGUGAGAUCAAGGCUUUGGAGAAAACAAGACAUAGAAAAAAGCCCACGGGCGGUGCUAGAUAUUUGAAUGAUAAGAAGCAUAUUCUUUUAUUUAAUGCUUGGGAUAAUGUGGAAUGGGAUGAAGACCAAGAGAAAAAAGCACAAGAGAAGGUUAGAAAUAAUUCACAAGUAACAUUCACAGAUGAACAUUUAAAGUCCUUAGAAGAAGAUGCUGAUAAACACUGGGAUGCAUUCUAUGAUAUACACCAAAACAGAUUCUUCAAAGACCGGCACUGGCUUUUCACUGAAUUUCCUGAGUUAGCACCUGACAAUACAUCUGCACCUGUACGAGUGUUUUCAGAAACUACAAACCAUGCAAACAAACAAAACACAACUCUCAGUUCUACUAGUGAUACAAUUCGUAACAUAUUUGAAAUAGGUUGUGGUGUUGGAAACACAAUUUUCCCAAUACUGCAAUACAGUCAAGAUCCAAAAUUAUUUGUAUAUGGCUGUGAUUUCUCAUCUAAAGCUAUUGAAAUAAUGAAACAAAAUGAGCUUUACAAUACAGAUAGAUGUAAAGUAUUUGUAUUGGAUGCAACAGAGGCUGACUGGAAUGUACCUUUCAAGGAGAAUUCAAUAGAUAUUGUGGUGUUGAUAUUUGUAUUGUCUGCUAUUGACCCCCAAAAGAUGCCUCAAGUAAUCAAGAAUAUAUUCAAAUAUCUGAAACCGGGUGGAUUAGUUGUGUUCCGAGAUUAUGGCCUCUAUGACCUAGCACAACUAAGGUUCAAAAAAGGAAGGUGUAUAUCCAACAACUUUUAUGCACGAGGUGACAAAACCAGAGUAUAUUUUUUUACACAAGAAGAAAUAAAUAAACUCUUCACGGGUGAAGGAUUCAUAGAGGAGCAGAACCUUGUAGAUAGAAGGCUACAAGUAAAUAGAGGAAAGAUGUUGACAAUGUACAGAGUUUGGAUACAAGCAAAAUAUAGAAAGCCGGUUUAAAAUAAAACUAUUUUCUAAAAAAUAUAUUUAUUAGUUUAAAAAAAGUGUAACAUGUAAAUAUAACUGCAUACCAUUAA